AUGGACAUCUUCGAGCGGUAUGCCAAUGAAACCAACAUUGAGGGCGUGGACCAGUACAACGCCUGCUACGGGGGUCAGGCGGCCGGGCUUUGCACUCUGAGUUGGGUCGAGUCUGAACGUUGGGAUGGCCGCUACGGCAUCGCUGUGGCCACAGACAUCUCGGAGGCUCAUCCCCAGGCCUUGGCCUUCGUCGGUGCAGCCACUACGGCUGCCUUGUUCUUCCCGGAUGCCCCGAUGCCGCACCAUUCACAGCGCGCUUCCUGCGUGCUCCAUCGCUUUGACUUUUGCAAACCUGUCGGAUGGCACGACAUGGCACCCAUUACGGAUGGUAAGUACAGUGUGGAGUGCUACUUGGAUGCCUUAGAUGCCUGCCACUCCACUCUGAAGCAGAAGUUGAACGGCCGGGGUCCUCUUGAGGUGACAGACCUCAACGCUUUCCAUACCGGAGGUGGGUACCACAUCGUCAAGAAGGCCUUUGAGCGGCUUCUCCGUGCGGAGGGUGGGAGGAUUAAGCCGGACGAGAAGGAGCGCCUGCUAGUUGAGAAGCUGCUUCCCUCAGUGACCUUGUUGAAAAUCAUUGGGCCCUGUCACACUGUCUCGUCCUUUCUCAAUACCGCUUCUGUGGUCAUGAACUUGAUGGAGAAGGCCCUUGGGAAGAUCCUCCUCGUGUUCACUUAUGGCUCCGGCUGCGCUGCGAGCAUGUACCAGAUGCGGAUAGACGACGUGCCCUUCUACGACCCAAUGGAGAUCUGGAAGAUCCAGUUCUAUCGCAAUGCCAUCAAGAUGACGCCAGAAGCUUCGAUGCCGCUGCAUAACAUCUACAUCGAGACCUGGAUGAAGUUUGACUACAAACCAACCGGCAGGAGGAACGCAAAGAUCUCCCUGUGGAAGUACGAGGAGGAUGUCUACUACCUCAUGGAGAUCGACAAGUUCGGAAGGCGCUUCUACCACCGAGGUGGGCUGUCGACAGGCCCUCUGGAUCCGAGUCUCUCCUUGCCGGUGGACAAGGCAGAAGAGCGGCCUCCUCGCGAGAGCUACGGUCCAGUCCUGCA